AUGCGUGUCCCUCUCCGCAACCCCCUCCACUAUCCCAGCCUUCAUCCCGCCCACACUGGGACUUCGGUGCCAUCAGCUGAGCGCGAAUCGUCUUCGUAUCUCAUUCAUGCUGCCACUCUCAUUCCAGGCCGGGGAGAUCCUAUACAGCAUGGGGCUGUCGCUGUGAGCGAUGGGAAGAUCGAGUGGGUUGGACCUUUUGCCAAUCGACCAUCCAAAUAUCACAGCAUCCGGGUGAUCAAUGUCCCCGUGCUUAUGCCAGGCCUCUGGGACUGCCACUGCCAUUACCAGGCGUUCGAUGUCCUCCAAGGGCUGGAUACGGUUUCAUAUCUCCCUGGGACGAAUGCUCUCACAGGCGCCAUAACGGUAGAAGAUUUGAGGGUCACCCUCUUGUCGGGCUAUACAUCAAUUCGGGAACUGGGCGGUAAUGCGGGAGACCUUCGGCCUGGCAUUGAGCGAGGACUCCUAGUAGGCCCUAAUGUGUACUCUUCUCACACUGCUCUGUCUAUCACAGGCGGGCAUGGAGACGAUCACAUGCUGCCCAUCCAAUCAGUGAGAGAAGCGAUGGACCGUGGGUUCCCCGUUGCUCUUUGCGACGGGGUUGACGAGUGUCUUAAAACAGUACGUCUACAGAUCCGUCGCGGCGCAAAAGUUAUCAAGGUUUGUUCUACCGGCGGUGUUCUCAGCCUCAAUGACAACCCGGAGGACAGCCAAUUCUCCGACGCGGAGCUCAAAGCCAUCGUCGAAGAAGCCGGACGGAGCGGUCGUGCGGUUGCUGCCCAUGCUAUUGGCAAGGCUGGGAUCAUGGCCGCCUUGAGAGCUGGCGUGCACAGCAUUGAACACGGCAUGUACCUUGAUGAAGAGGUGGCCGAGCUCAUGAAGGAGAAAGGGGCAUAUUUAGUCGCUACGCAGCAUAUUGUCCGCACUUUGGCUGCACACUAUCUUGACACCCUUCCGGAGCCCUCGAGGGCAAAACUGCUAAAAGUCCUGGACCUUUCCAAGUCAUCUUAUAAGCUGGCUGUCAAGAGCGGUGUCAAUAUUGCUCUAGGCACAGACAUGCUGAGCAGCGACCGCAAGUCGAAGCUGUCGCAUGGCAACAAUGCCCACGAGCUGCAAUGGGCAGUGGAGGCCGGGAUGACGCCUCUGGAGGCCAUCGAGAGUGCGACAGCGAACGGUCCGGAGACGCUAGGCCGCCUGGCACCUCUGAGUGGGCAGAUUAAGGAAGGAUAUGAUGCGGAUAUGAUUGCAGUAUCAUCAAGCCCGUUACAUGAUAUAUCCAUCCUGGCUGAUCCAGAGAACAUCACACAUGUGUGGAAGGGAGGGAAGUUGUAUAAAGGAGGCAAUUAG